AUGGCUGACAACAUGACCAGCCUGGCAGACAAGUUGCAGAACUUGGAGUUGUGCCUCAAGAGUCAGCAUAGUCGCGAAAUCGGGUAUGGUCGGGCUCUGAGAGAAGCCAUUCUUUCCAUGGAUCUCUUCAUGGAGUUAGAAGUUCUAAAAAGUCUUGGAGACCUGCAUCUUCAUAAAGGCAAGCUUUGUAAAGAUUUGGUAGAGUUUGACAAGGCUGCUGCACUGUAUGCUGCUGCCUUUCUGCGUUGCACAGAUCCAGACAUGGGACAAACACUUAGUCAUCGAAUUGACUACAUGGAGAAACUCUCCAGACAACUGCUGCAGGGGUACACUCCACAGUAUCAGUGGUUGUCACCAGACUACUGGGGCACUGCUGACAGUAAUGUCUUAAGGGUGGCAGAAAUUUGCAACAAAUUAGAUAGAGGAGUCGGUAGGCUCUGGCAGUCUGUUGAGGAGUCCUACACAGAAACAUUAGUGACUGCAAUCGGGAAGGGUGACACGUUCUUGGAGGUUGAGGUUCUCAAAUCUCUAGGAGAUUUCUACCUUGAGAAAGGCAAGACAACAAAUGGACCAUGCAAGUUAUCCAAGGCGGCUGCCAGUUACGACAAGGCCCUGACCAGAUGUGACGAUCCGGAGACAAAACAGACUCUGCACCAUCGUGUCUUGUACACGGUGAAGAUCUGGGGAACAGUAAGAGCUAGAAGGCAAUCAUCAUCAAACAAAUCAAGAAAAAGAGGAAGAAGAUCACCUACGAGGCGUCAGUUUGGGAACAACAAAUUUCCUGAUGCUACUCAGGGCAGCCAUCCACGUCAAGAGGUACUCAAUGAAAGCUCAUACCAAGACCACCUACAGGAGGGCUGCAGGGCCCUGCAGACAGGAGACCUGGACACGGCAGAACAACACUUCGCAGCUGCACUCAAAUCUGUACAUUUCAAGUUUUCAAAAUCUGACCAACACAUCAAAGAAGCAGAGCCCCUCUACAAGUUAGGCGACGUCUACCUGAAGAGAGGAAUCCAGUCUAAAGACGGGGGAGACUUCACCAAGGCUGCAGCACUCUGUAAUGCAGCACUGGUAAGAUGUAGGAGGGAAGACAUUAAGGAAGCUAUCCAGGAAAUAAGUCGAUCAUUUCUUAAACAUGUUCUGAAUAUUGAUCAAAAGGUAGACGCUGGUGAUGCAGAGAAACACAAGUUAAAGUUAGAUGAACAUAGAGACUUUGUAAAAGAAGAGAUCAAAAGAAUUGAGCAAGAGGUAGAUCCUUACAGUCUUGCUGAUGACGACCCAAAGAUAAGGGAAGUAGAGAAAAGGAGGGCAGAUGAAAUCAGGACAUUGUUUGACACGAUUGUCCACCAGCGAAAAAUGUUCAUAGCUGGCCUUGUAGAUGAAUGUAUGGAGUUAAUGGGCCCCCCUCCCUACCCUGUAGACAACUGGUUCUAUGACUCCGUAACACCACGCGGGUUUGCGUUUGAUGGCUCCAUGCCACAUGCAAGCAAGACUCCUCUAGGUAGAGGAAGAAACAGCACAUCUACAAGUGAACUCAUUCGCACACCAAGGGAGAUGACCAAAGUUUUAGAAGAUGACCUUAGGUUUCAUUUGAAGAAAGGAUACCACCUUGCUAGCAUAUUGGGGAAUGUGUGUUUAAUCACGGGAGAACAGGAGCUGGUUGAUGUGUAUAUCGCUCUUUGGACUCAGAAACUGCAAGAAAAUCACGGAGGGGUAAUUCCUUGCCUAUUACAUGAAGCACUAACACAUCUUAGUGAAAAUGUACGGAUGUUUCAGAACGAUGUGAAACCCGGUAGGUUGAUGGAUGUCAAAAAGGAAAUGUAUCGAUUUUCAAGUCUUGCAGUGUCUUGUUUGGCGCUACUCCGUAAAAUACAACCGACCACAAUCUGGGAGACUAUUCAGCAUCUAAACAAGACUGGUACCGUCAGUUGUGAAAACACACAUCACUUGAUGGUGAUGGUGAGCAUCUCAGCAGAACUGAGGCUGCGGACAUACAUAAGCAAUGGAGGUCAGGUGGAAAGCAUGUCAGCCUUGUCACCAAUAUCGCCAGACACACAUAUUGGGGAGACAUUAAAGAAAGUGUUUUACUUUUCAAAUACCAAACAGCUUAUGAGAUACUAUUGCACAGAAAGGCCAACAAAGCGUCUGAUUUCACAGCUUGCCGACGGGCAUUCAUCAGAGGAAUCAUCAAUUCUAUUUGACGACUCUUCCAGCGUAAAAGCAGAGGUAUACAGAAGUCUGUGUGAUUAUGAAAACUGUAAGACAUAUGCAGAACAGGCACUGCAGAGUUAUAUAUCCAGAUAUGGUGAAGGGAAUCCACAUCCUUACAUUGCUGGGUCACUUAACAACCUUGGUGAGGCCUGGUCCGAACUUGGUGAUCACAGGAAAGCCGUCAGGUAUUAUAAACAGUCACUAAAGAUGAAGCAGAGUAUCUAUGGCGAGAACACUGUCAAAAUUGACAUUGCAAGUUUACUUGCCAACUUGGGCGCGGCCUGUAGCGAACUCGGUGAUUACAAAAACUCCGUCAGUUAUCUUGAACAGUCACUACAGAUGAUGAAGGCUAUCUAUGGGGAGAACACUGAACAUGGUGACAUUGCCGACUCACUUAACAACUUGGGCGCGGCUUGUAGCAAACUCGGUGAUUACAGAAAAGCUGUCAUCUACCAUGAACAGUCACUACAGAUGAGGUGGAGUAUCUAUGGGGAUAAUACUGAACAUCCUGACAUUGCCACAUCUCUUACUAAUUUGGGCGUGACCUUUAGCAAUCUCGGUAAUUACAGAAAGGCCGUCACCUAUUAUGAACAGUCACUACAGAUGCAGCAGAGUAUUUAUGGGGAGAACACCGAACAUCCUGCCAUUUCCUACUCACUUCACAACUUGGGCAAUACCUGUAACAAACUCGGUGAUUACAGAAAGGCCAUCAGUUAUCUUCAAGGGUCACUAAAGAUGAUGAAGGCCAUCUAUGGGGAGAAUAUCGAACAUCCUGACAUUGCCACAUGUUUUAACAACUUGGGCGUGGCCUGUACCGGCCUGGGUGAUUACAGAAAAGCUGUCAGCUAUUUUGAACAGUCACUAGAGAUGAAGCAGAGUAUCUAUGGGGAGAACACCGAACAUCCUGUCUUUGCCGAUUCACUUAAAAACUUGGGCUCGGCCUAUAACGACCUUGGUGAUUACAGAAAGGCCGUCAGCUAUCAUGAACAGUCACUAAAGAUGAGGCAGAGUAUAUAUGGAGAGAACACCGAACAUCCCGACAUUGCCACAUGUCUUAACAACUUGGGCGUGGCCUGUACCGGCCUGGGUGAUUACAGAAAAGCUGUCAGCUAUUUUGAACAGUCACUAGAGAUGAAGCAGAGUAUCUAUGGGGAGAACACCGAACAUCCUGUCUUUGCCGAUUCACUUAAUAACUUGGGCUCGGCCUAUAACGACCUUGGUGAUUACAGAAAGGCCGUCAGCUAUCAUGAACAGUCACUAAAGAUGAGGCAGAGUAUCUAUGGAGGGAACACCGAACAUCCUGACAUUGCUUACUCACUUAAUAACAUGAGCACGGCUUGUAGCAACCUUGGAGAUCACAAAAACGCCGUCAGCUAUUAUGAACAGUCACUACAGAUGAGGCAGAGUAUCUAUGUGGUGAGUAAUGCACAUCCUGACAUUGUAACGUCACUUAACAACUUGGCUGUUACUUGGGGCAGUCUUGGUGAUCACAGAAAGGCUGACAACUACCGUCAUCAGGCAAGGAGAAUGAGAGAAGUUAUCGAAGAACGAAAUAAAGCACAAUUUCACACUGGCUGA